AUGACGGAAGUCGCAGAGUCUGUUCCAGAAGCGCCUAGUGUGCCCGCACUACCGGUAGUGGUUCCCGAGGAGGAAGUCACGGACGUGAACACCGCACUGCGGAUCGUGCUGCGAAAAGCGCUUGCUCACGGUGGUCUGUCUCGCGGUCUGCGCGAGUCUGUGCGUGCGUUGGAUAGCCGCAAAGCACGUUUAUGUGUUUUGGCAAUGAGCUGCGACGAGCCUGCGAUGGUAAAGCUCGUGCAAGCACUCUGUGCUGAACACGGGAUCAACCUCAUCUGUGUUCCCGAUGGAAAGGAACUCGGCGAGUGGGCCGGCCUCUGCAAGCUGGACGCUGACGGAACGCCGCGGAAAGUCGUGUCGUGUUCCUGUGUCGUUGUGAAGGACUUUGGUGAGCCGAGCAAAGGACUUACCUUUUUGGAAAACUACCUGAAAGAGCAGUCAUGA